AUGUCUUGUCCAGAUUGUUUUCGUGGAGGUGUUACCACAAUCCAUCCGACUGGAACGGAAACAACCAUUCAUGGUGUUCCUACAUACGUCGCUCAACCCGAUGAAGCGGUCACCCCGAAGGGCAUCGUCGUCGUGAUCACCGAUGCGUUCGGUUGGAAGUUUGCCAAUAACCGAGUGUUGUCGGAUCAUCUUGCUAAGAGAGGUGGAUUUUUGGUCUACUGUCCAGAUUUCAUGAAGGGAUCUGCUUUGGACCCGGUCGCCAUAGGCUUGAUGGACAAAAUCAUAGAACCAACCUCUUGGUUUAACACAAUUGUCUACAAACCUAUUUGGGUCUUCCAAGCACUUGUUGUAGCUGUCCCUUGGAAAUUGAAGACCAAAAUUCCAGCCACCCACCCUGGGGUAAUUUCCUUCUUUCAGGCUCUCCGAACAUCUCCACCUCCGUAUCCAACCGAUACUUUGAAGGUUGGGGCUGCAGGAUAUUGCUAUGGUGGCAAGCACGCAUUUCUUCUGGCACAUGACAAACCUGAAACUCGAGUCGUCCGACAUGAGUCGCAAAAGGAGUCUACAAAAGAUUUGCCCUUGAUUGAUUGCGCUUUCAGUGCUCAUCCUUCCUUGCUGGAGCUUCCCGUCGAUGUCGACGCUGUGGCUCUUCCACUCAGUGUUGUCGUUGGCGAUAAAGAUGCGGUUUUGAAAGCGCCCGAGGCGCAGAAGACAAAGGAUAUUCUAGAGGCUAAAGGUGUUGGAAGUUACGAGGUCAAAAUUUUGCAAGGAGCAAAGCACGGAUUUGCUAUUCGUCCACAUCCCGAAGAUAAAGAGGAGCUGGAGUUUGCCGAAACUGCGGAGGUACAGGCUAUCGAGUGGUUUAAAAGAUGGUUUGCAUGA